AUGGGGCGCGGAGCUACGGGAGGCACCGGCGCUGCUAUGCAGCUCUCCCCACGUAUGCGACAGGAGGCACCAGAGCUGCAAUGCAACCUCGCCGGCGCUGCUGUGCAGCUCUCUGGACGCACGCGACAGGAGGCACCGGAGCUGCGAUGCAACCUAGCCGGCGCUGCUAUGCAGCUCUCCCGACGCACGCGGCAUAAGGCACCGGCGCUGCGAUGGAACUCUCCCGACGCACGCGGCAUGAGGCACCGGCGUUGCGAUGCAACCUCAUCGGUGCUAGCUAUGCAGCUCUCCCGACGCACUCGUCAUGAGGCACCGGCGCUGCUAUGCAACCUCGUCGGCGCUGCUAUGCAGCUCUCCCGACGCACUCGGCAUGAGGCACCGGCGCUGCUAUGCAGCUCUCCCAACGCACGCAACAGGAUGCACCGAGGAAGUAAAUGCAUUAAGAGCAUCUCCAGCCGCGCCCCCAACAGGCCCCCCUCCCAGGUGUACUGCGACAAAGAAAGAGUCGUGGAGCUAAGUCUCUACCGACUCGGUCUCUCGGGCGGGCUCGAUACGCUCGACACCCUGGCGUUCCCGGCGCUCACCAUUCUAGGCCUUGGUCACAAUAACCUCAGCGGCACCAUCCCGGUGAGCAUCUCAAGGUUGCGCUCCCUCGAAACACUCGACCUCAGCAACACCACGUUAAGCGGCCCCUUUCCACACCAGCUCUGCGAGCUAGUAUCCUUAAGGGUACUGCACCUGAGCAACAACCACCUCAGUGGAGAGCUACCGAACUGCUGGUGCAACCUCCAGUCUCUGCGAGUCAUGGACCUGUCAAGCAACGGGCUCAUUGGGAAGCUCCCGGACUGCUGGUGGAACCUGGAGGCUCUGGAGGAGAUAGACCUGUCCUAUAACUCAUUCUCAGGUGAAUUCCCAGUGGCUAAGGCAAGCCACAACUGCUCUCUCACCACGCUACAUCUCACCAGAAAUUCUUUUGUUGGACCAUUCCCAUUCUUUGAGGGUUGCGACUCGCUCGCUAUCCUCGACCUCAGCAGCAAUAGGUUCAACAGCUCAAUCCCGCCGCAGCUUGGUGACAUGCGCAGCCUCUUCGACCUUCAGCUCUACAAUAACAGCCUCGUAGGUAACAUCCCACACCAGCUCUGCAGGCUCUACAUCUCUGCACUAGAUUUGUCAGACAAUCUGCUGACCGGGGAGCUCCCGGACUGCUGGUGCAGCCUCCACCAUCUGUCCUUCAUGGACCUAUCGAACAACCGGCUCACAGGGAAGCUUCCGUACUGCUUGUGGAACCUAGAGUCUCUGUUGUUCAUGGAUCUAUCUCACAAUUCCUUCUCAGGUAUAAUCCCCGCACCUGUGGCAAGCCACAACUGCUCUCUUAGGUCUCUUUACCUCGCCGGAAAUGGCUUCGUUGGUGUCUUUCCGCCGGUUCUAGAGGGCUGCAACUUGCUGACCACCCUGGACAUGGGGAACAACAUGUUCUUUGGUGUUAUCCCUCCAUGGAUCGGGAGUCAGGUCCCUUUGUUGAGAAUCCUUAGCCUCAGAUCAAACAAUUUCACUGGAGAAAUUCCUCCGGAGUUAUCAGGGCUUUCGCAACUUCAGGUGCUCGACAUGGCAGACAAUAGCUUGACUGACUCUAUUCCGGUAUCCUUAGGCAGCUUGACCUCCAUGAAGCAUCCACAAAAUCUAUCGACUACGGGACUGCUCCUGGAGUGGAAAUACAAUGAUAGAAUCGACAUAAUAUGGAAGGGCAAGGAGCAGAAAUUCCAAAGAGCGAUCGGGUUAUUAGCCGGUAUUGAUUUAUCUGAUAACUUGUUGUCUCGGUGCAUCCCUAAAGAGCUAACCAACCUUCAGGGCCUUCAGUUUCUGAACCUGUCAAGAAACCAUCUGUCAUGCAACAUUCCUGAAAAUAUUGGUAGUUUGACUUUUCUUGAAUCCCUCGAUCUAUCAUUUAAUGAACUUACAGGUGAAAUCCCUCCGAGCAUCUCAAGCUUAUUGUGGCUAACCACGUUGAAUGUCUCAACUAAUCAUCUGUCGGGCAAGAUACCCAUUGGGAGUCAAAUUCAGACCCUAACCGACCCAUCCAUUUACUCCAACAACUCCGGGCUAUGUGGAUUUCCUUUGGACAUUCUGUGUGAAAAGACUCCGCUCGCCCCGAAUGAGAGAAAUGUUGAAGAGGAGGAUCAGUGGUUGUACUACUUUGUUAUAGCUGGGAUUGUGUUUGGUUUCUGGUUGUGGUUUGGGAUGCUCUUUACAAUUAAGGCCUGGAGAUGUGCAUUUCUUUUCUUCGUCGAUGGCAUGCAAUGUAAGACUAUGAAGAAGGUCCUCUGA